AUUCUCCAUUCGGGGUUAAGUUGUUGGCGUGGAAGUCUCACUGCUUUGGACGCAUGUACGCAAAUGGCGUAGUGACAAAGACGGCAAGACCUAUGGGGAAGGAAUAAAAAAAGCAAUCCAGUAUCGCCUCUCUCCAUAGUAUAACGCUGUUUCACUUGGACGUCGGAGUUGGAAUCUAACGCCGGCUUGGGCGAGGAUUCGGUCCGAGACGGUGGAUCGCCUGAACGCAGAAGACAACCUCGGAAAGUGGACGUUUUUUUCUGCUCCGCUACGGCGAGGGAGCCGCCAUGGCAGUCGGAUCAUUGAGGCUCCACAUCGGGAUAUGAAGAGCGACUGGAUGGGCCACAAAACGCCGCAUUUAGCCUACAUGCUAACGUUAGCAUCUUUGUGACGGCGUUCCGAGUCAAAUUCUGUUUUUAAAACGUCCCCACACAAGAAGGAGGCCCGAUUCAUGACUAUUUUAAUAGGUGUCUUAAAGGACCCCUUGAGAGAGGAUUACACAAGGGGGGAGAAUGCAGUGAUUUGGACAUCGGAAAGGGUCGUUGAUUAGGCGUGAAGAGGAACAGUGGGAUCUCCCUGUGCAACACAUUUGCUGUCACCCUCCUAUUUUUGAAUGAAAACCUUCAGAGACUCGACCAGCGUGUAACAAGACUCGAGAACCAGAAGCGCUUUGGAUCAUGUCGGGUCGGCCCAGGACCACAUCCUUCGCGGAGAGCUGCAAGCCGGUGCCGCAGCCGUCGGCGUUCGGCAGCAUGAAAGUCAGCAGGGACAAAGAUGGCAGCAAGGUAACGACAGUCGUGGCCACCCCAGGCCAGGGCCCGGACCGGCCACAGGAGGUGAGCUACACGGACACAAAAGUCAUCGGCAACGGCUCGUUCGGCGUCGUCUACCAAGCCAAGCUGUGUGACUCCGGGGAGCUGGUGGCCAUCAAGAAGGUGUUGCAGGACAAGAGGUUUAAGAACCGUGAGCUGCAGAUCAUGAGGAAGUUGGACCACUGCAACAUAGUCCGCCUCCGCUACUUCUUCUAUUCCAGUGGAGACAAGAAAGAUGAAGUGUACCUGAAUCUGGUUCUGGACUACGUUCCUGAGACGGUCUACAGAGUGGCCAGACACUACAGCCGAGCCAAGCAGACCCUGCCUAUGGUUUAUGUCAAGUUGUACAUGUACCAGCUCUUCAGAAGUCUGGCCUACAUUCAUUCGUUUGGGAUCUGCCAUCGGGACAUCAAGCCUCAGAAUUUGCUGCUGGACCCGGAAACGGCUGUGCUCAAAUUGUGCGACUUUGGCAGUGCUAAGCAGCUCGUCCGCGGAGAGCCAAACGUGUCCUACAUCUGCUCUCGCUACUAUCGGGCCCCUGAGCUCAUCUUUGGGGCCACUGACUACACCUCCAGCAUAGACGUGUGGUCAGCCGGCUGCGUGCUAGCAGAGCUGUUGCUAGGACAACCAAUCUUCCCCGGCGACAGUGGAGUGGAUCAGUUGGUGGAAAUUAUCAAGGUUCUGGGCACCCCGACCCGGGAGCAGAUUCGUGAGAUGAACCCCAACUACACCGAGUUCAAGUUCCCCCAGAUUAAGGCGCACCCAUGGACUAAGGUGAGUCAACAGGUGUUCCGGCCGCGUACGCCCCCCGAGGCCAUCGCCCUGUGCUCCCGCCUGCUGGAGUACACGCCCACCGCGCGCCUCACGCCCCUCGAAGCCUGCGCGCACUCCUUCUUUGACGAGCUGCGUGACCCCAACGUCAAAUUACCCAACGGGCGGGAGAAGCCUUCCCUGUUCAAUUUCACCACCCAAGAGCUGUCCAGUAAUCCGUCUUUGGCCUCCAUACUCAUCCCCGCCCACGCCCGCAGUCAGGGCGCCGCCUCCACCCCCACCAACGCCUCUGCCACCACAGACGGUAGCAGCACAGAGCGAGUCCCCAGCACCACCACAGCCUCGGCUUCUGCCUCCAACUCCACUUCCUGAGCGCCACAGACCGCCGCCGACCCCCCCCUCUCCCGCCCCACACAGCCCAUGCCCCCCCCGCACCCCCACCCCAUUGUUGUCCCAGCCAGUGUGGGGUAAGGUGAGGUGAGGCGAGCUCAGACCCGACCCGAUCCUCCUCCCUACCAGAAGGCCACAAGGCCCCAAACCACCACCACACCCCCUCCAACCAGCGCGUCAUCCAGCUGUCUUGAGUCGUCUCUCCGGGCGGGGGCCGUUUCAAAGGGCGGGGCGGGGCGGGGCGGGGCGGGGCGGGGCGGGGCGGGGCGCAGGGGAACCCGGAGGUGCGUGAAAAUCCAAACACACAACGCCGGUCUGCUAAUGUUGUCAAGGUUGACUUUAUUAAACACACAAAAAAAAAAGUCCAACCUGAGCCCACCCCUCUUGGGCGCCCGAGCCCACCCCUCUUGGGCGCCCGGCCCCGCCCACCACUCAUUUUUACAGCAUCCUAACCACCCUAAUUAUUAUUAUUAUUAUUAUUAUUAGUUUCCUCCUAUAUAGUGCAUGACCUGAGAAUGGUUAGAAUCCACGAGGGUGGGGGGGCGUGGAAGUGGGGGGGGCGCUCUCUCACCUUUGACCUCAAGGCAUGAGGAUCGUGUACACACACACACACACACACACACACACACAUGCAUGAUGUAUGUGCAAAAGAAGCCAGGUGGGUUUAUUUGAGUUGUUUUUAAAACGCAUCGCAAGCCAUUUUACUCGACUUUUUUUUUUUUUGUGUGUUUUUUUAAAAACUUGUGCCCCCCCCCCGGGCAUUUUUUUUGUUGUUUAUCUGUGUGCUUGUAUAAUAUAUACAUACCGCAUUACACCCACAGUUUAUAUCUGACUUUUCCUUCUGUAUAAAAGCUAUAUAUAGAUAUAUGUAUAUUAACUACCACCGUUCACAAGUCAUUUAUCGGUGCGUUCAUAUCCGUCAAGCGUUGCAGCAAUAUUUGCUGCUGCCUUUUAAAACACUAUAGAAUUAGAUAACGUGUCGUCUUUUUUUUUUUUUUUUUUUUUUAGCUGGAAUGUGCCGAGAUUCCAGCGCUCCUUUGUCGUCUUUAUCGUGUUGGAUGGGGGGGGGGGGGGCGCUCUCUCCAUCGAGUUCUUCUUAACACUUUUAACCACUAAGUUGUUACCCUGGUGACCCUCCGCACACAUGUUUGGUACAGUCCGUCAAAGCGUCUUAUCAACAGAUAGCGCUCACCACAACAAAAGUAAAAAAAAAACAAAAAAAAAAGAGGAAAAAAGAAGCUGAAUUUGUAUAUACAGUAUAAAUGCUCCUCACCAAAAUUAGUUUGUUUUUUUAUGUUGUGUUGAAUAUUAUGUACAUAUGCAGACCCAUGUACUGUUUAUGAGCAAAAGUGGAAGGAAGAAGAAGAAAAAAAAGAAAGAAAGCGAAUCAGGUGGUUGAUGGAUAUUGUAGAUGCCGAGGAUCUUUAUCCAGCCAUAUGUUCAAUCCUACCUGUACAGUACAGUAGUGGACAGCUGUAUUAUUAUUGUAAGCAGAACUAGUCAUGUAUAGUGUAACUAUAGUUUGGAGUGCCUUUGCUUUCAUACACCUUCGCCUUGUUUCCACAUCACCCGCUCCCCUCUUAAAAGCCUGAGUUGCCCUUUUGGUGCUGUUGAAUGCCCCCCCCCCCCCACCCCCACCCUCCCCCUACCCCUUUGUCAUUGCACAAUUAAUUGUAAUAUACAUAACAUAAUUCACUGACUGUUAAUUGCAAGGUUUAUUUUAGCAGAUCGUCUGUGAUCUAAUUAGGACUGGUGCUGCAGUCCUCGCCUGGACCUCAAGGGGGGGCAAAGUGUACAUGAUACGAAAUGCAGUAUGCGGUAUUACCAAGGAGUGUCACGGUCAAUAAUAUUGCGAGAAUUGGUUGGGGGGGAGUUACAUUAUGAAGAAAUGGGGCGACAACCGAUAUUGGGUUUUUAUGCCGAUAAUUAUUGGUACCGAUAACAAUCGGACAUCCCUAAUCAUAACAUAAUUCAACAUUUAUUCUAUGAUUUUUGCUCUAUUUGGCUUCCAAAUUGGAUAAUGUAUUCUCAUUAGAUUACAUUAUAAUUGUUUUUUUUCCUGGUAAUGCUAUAUAGUGUCCCUAAUACUCCUUGGUAGAGUAAGUGUUGGUUCUUUAAGGUAAUGAUGUAUUCUGCCAUCCGUGGAUACACUAUGUUUUACUUGAUGGGGGGGUGUUUUUGUUAAGGAUUCAGUAGCACCUAAAGGGGUACAGUCAUGUCACCUCUCUCCUGCUUGCUGUAAUUUUGCAUCCAUGAACAUGUUGCAACCCACCUUACCUUAUUACCUUACUACCUUACCUUAUUACCUUACCUUACCUACCACCCCCACUUCAAUAAAAACACCAAAAAGGUUGCCAAAAAAAGAAAAAAAAGACGACAAGCAAGUGGAGAUGCUAGUGUUUUAUGUUAGCAUAGCACAAUGUGCUAACCGGGGUUAAAGAAAAAUCUUGGUAAAAAAAAACAAACAUCCCGUAUAACAGUACUACUACUUGAAUGACUCUGUUUGUGACUGAAAUUUUUAUUUUGUUUGUUUUUUUCUUUUGUUCUGUGAAGGUAUGCUAAAUGUGCGCCUCUGUAAAUAUUCCCUCUGCGUGCUCUGAGGAAUAGUUCCCUGGUACUGUAAUUUGCAUUAAAUAAAGAGUAGGAUAGCCUGGAAAUGAUCAA